GGCUCGCGCUGCCAGUCGCUGCUGCAGCUGGAGCUGGCUGUCUCUGGAUUAACGGACCGUCCUGUUAUUUCCUUCGCCUUUUUAAGAUGGAUACCGGGCGUCGUGGCUUAUCCCCACUCGUGAACGUGCGUAUUGGAGUAGGACCUACGCGACGAUCUGCAUUUGAGAUGAGCGGAUUUGAGAACCAGAGCCGAGCAAACCCUCAUCACAGCGACUACGUGUGGCAAUACGAGUACUACGACGACGAGGAACCGGUGUCUUUCGAGGGGCUUAGAGCCCACAGAUACUCCAUUGUGAUCGGCUUCUGGGUGGGCCUGGCUGUGUUUGUCAUCUUCAUGUUCUUUGUUCUCACUCUGCUGACCAAGACAGGAGCCCCCCCGCAUCAGGAGAACCCUGAGCCCUCGGAGAAGCGGCCCCCGCCUGGCAGCGCACUGGAGGACUUCCCCCUGCCCGACGACCCGGAGAAGGCCUUCUCCCGCCCCCUGCUGGGCGAACCGCGCUCCUUCUUCCACUUCUACAUCAGCGAGGAGCCGCACCCCCAGCACCCUCAGAGGCGGAGCGCUCCGGGGGAGCAGGGGGGCCCGGCCGGGGACCGCCCCAGGACGGGGCCUCAGGCCCGGGGCCGGGGACAGCCCGACGGCCACGGGUUCAGGGGCAUCAGCGCCUCGGUGACGGAGAGGGUGGCGGACGAGGAGGAGGAGGAACACGACGACGCCGGGCCUCGGCCAAUCGGAGGAGGCGGCAGGGGAACUCGGAGGUCUGCGGACACGGAGGACGCGCUCAUGUCCCACUUUGACAUCCCCAACUUUGUGAACUCAGAGUCGCCCGGCUCCUCGCUGGGCGACGAGGACCUGUUGAUCUGUGAGACCGCCCUCCCCCCCGACAGCCCCCACAGCCGCUCCCAGGUCCUGGAAGCUCACCACUCCAUCGCCUGAAGACGCCCAGCCUGGUUUUAUCAUUUAAUUACUCAUCAACCCGGUUCACCUCGGUGUUCAAAGAGAUACCGAGACGCCUCAUAUAUGCUCCUCCUCCCGUGUUUCUCCAAGGGAUAUGUAUGUAGCCUCUUGCACCUUCUGAUGUCUUUGAUUGGUUUUCGUUUGCGGCACUCGUAAAAUCGGAGUAGCCGAGAGCGGUUGGGAUAUUUUUGCGAGGACUACAGUAUUUGGUUCAAAGGUGCAAAGUUUUAUUUCACAGCCUCAAAUGGGGAACAACUCUUCAGUAAUGAUGAUUAUAUUGAGGCCAUGGAGGACUUACAGGGGGUGUGGGAUAGCUCAGGUGCUUCCUACUGUGAGAGGGCCAUUCUAUGUUUGGGGGAGCCCGGCUGAAUCAGCCUGGGGGGGAAAGGGAGAUGUAUUUGGCCGUUGGCCUGUUGGUGUCGUCGCUUUUUCCACUGUUUACAUUCUGUGUUUAUCUGAGGAGCUGGAAUCAACUCUCCGCAUUUUGCGAUGGGAAUAAACGUGAUGUAAAACAAGUGAUUCUCUCAGAGAAACACCAGAACGUGCCAAACGACAUGUAGCAUCAUAUAAAUAUUUAAUCUAUGUAUAUAUGUAUACAAUCUGUCUUUUCAGAUCUGCGUUUCGUUGGCUACAUGAAAACAUGUUUAUAUUCCAUCUCUUGAGGUCAGAGAUUCGAUUACAUGGGAAUUCAUAAAAAAUGAAUCCAUGUUUUCUCUGGUGUAGGCGACCCUUAACACAUUUGCUUCUUAUUGCCACAGCAAAAGAAUGAUGCAAUUAAUGAGAUGACAGGGGGAAUAUAAGAGAUGGACCAUGUCUUGGGUCAUCAUCUAUUAUUGACGUGUCGUCGGCAAACAUCAAACCCUGUGCAAUGUCUGCCUCCUCUUUUUAAUCACCAAUUCUCUGUAUAUGUCUGUUGUACUCUGACAAUUACCACACACAACCACAAACAGACACACACACAUGCACACGCACACACCAGCAGGUUUAUGUAAAGCUAGCUGUGGAUCUGAUCAUAUGUAAUGUGUGCCUGAAUGGCACAGACCUCUUUAGUGAUCACCAGAAGGUAAUUUUCAGGGAACAAGGCCGUGGUGUAUCUUCAAUGGAUACCGACUGCUCCAACUCCUAAUUUGUCUAAUAAAAGGUCGUGCUGAGAA